AUCACCGGACAAUAAAAAACUCCAGCGAAUUUUCUCCACAUGUACCGGAAAAUUAAACAGCUAUUGGCAGCCAGUUCGAACAUUUCAUUAUUUCUAUGGGCAAUAUUUUGCCUGUUGAUAUACCUGUUCAUGCCGGAUAGUCCUCGCAUUGUGCCACAGCAGCUAACCACAGUGGAGCUUUCCGCUGCGUACAGUGAAAACCCGCAGCAGUUGAUCGAUUUACACGAUUUUGAUUAUGUCAUUAAGCAGCCGCCCUGCAAGCCUCACACCCGGGCGCUCAUCAUGGUCCACUCGGCGCCGCUCAACAUUGACAAACGGUCCGUGAUACGUCGGACAUGGGGCAGCCCGUCCGUUAUAUCAACCAGUUCUCCGCUGCGCCUCUUCUUUCUGAUCGGCGCCGUCGGAGAUGAUGCGAUGCAAUCAAUGCUGCUGGCGGAGCACACACGUCAUGGCGACUUGUUGCAGGGCAACUUUCUGGAUGGAUACUUUAACCUGACCUACAAGCAUGUGAUGGCUCUCAAAUGGUUCCAUACGCGCUGCGAACAGGCCCAGCUGCUGGUCAAAGUGGAUGAUGACAUUUACCUCAAUACGCCGCAGCUGCUGGAGCAUUUAAGAUCUCCAUUCCCAACAGACUCAAUUUUAGAACAGACUCCAUCGGAGAACCUGCUGCUAUGUGCCAUUAGGAACAGAGACCGUGUGAUCCGUUCCUAUUCCUCCAAAUGGCGCGUAAGCUUCUGGGAAUACUCCGGUCGUUACUACCCGCCCUUCUGUCCAGGCUUUGCAGUUUUCUAUUCCUCGGAUGUCGUCAGGCGGCUCUACUUGGCCGCCCAACGCUCCAGCUUUUUUAAACUGGAUGAUGUGUUCGUUACCGGCUUGCUGUCCAAGCGCAGCAAUAUUACCAUAACAGACCUGACGCCGUAUGUGUUGAGCCCAGAAGAACUUAACUUCCUGCUCAGCAGAGGCACUGAAUCGGAUCAGUUAAAGUUUUUAGUGUCCUGGCACGAAAUGUCAGCGCAGCAAAUUAAUGGCCUUUGGCAACUGUAUGACAUUGAUAAUACAAGUUACUGA